AUGGUUUCCCCAGAAACAGUUCAGGCUAGCUCUAAAUGUAUUGAACCGAAUUCGAGUCCCCGGAUUUCGUUCUCUGAAGAUUUUCUAGAUGAAAACAACUUCAUUUCUACAUGUCCAAAUCCUCUUGCAGAGAAAAAAGAAAGAGAGAAAGCGUUUAACAAAGAAUUUGAGUUUCUCUCGGCGAAUUUAACGAGCCAAAACAUGAUAACCGCAGACAAGCUAUUCUGCGAAGGUAAGUUGCUUCCUUCUUGGGAAAUGCAUCAUUCUGAGAAACUCAACAAGAUUAGCCUCAAAGCAGAGAAUGCUAAAGAGGAAACAGAUGGGACAGAGACUAGUAACAAGGAAGAAGCCAGAAUAAGUUGGUUUCUUGAUGAUGAUCCCUCUCCUCGACCUCCUAAAUGCACUGUUUUAUGGAAGGAGUUAUUAAAGUUGAAAAAACAACGCGCUUCUACCUUGUCUCCAUCGUCUUCUUCUUCCUCCUCUUUGUCCUCUUCUAGAGGCUCACUGGUGGACGUGCCUCCAGUUGAUGAAAGUAAAGAACGGGUAGGACCUCGAGACAAGACUGUGAAGAGAAUCAAGAAAGGUCUGGAGAGAACAAAAUCAGCCAGUAUGCAUAUAAGACCGAUGAUAAAUGUGCCUAUUUGCACACAAGGAAAAAACAAUGCACUGCCUCCCCUUUUCUCCAUAAGGAAAGGAAAACUAGAGAGGUAA